UCAGAAAGACUGCACAGGACAAUGCAGGCAACUUCCCACCUGAGGUAACAAAGACAAUAAUGGAGAACUUUUAUGUGGAUGAUUGUUUAAAAUCUGUGCCCACAGAAAAGGAAGCAGUAAAGCUGAUCUCAAACCUCACCACAGUCUGUCACCAAGGAGGAUUUCAUUUAUCAAAGUGGAUAAGCAACAGCAGAGCCGUCCUUGCUACGGUUCCACAGGAGGACAGAGCCAAAGAGGUAAAGGAAUUGGACUUGAGCAAGGAUCAAUUGCCCAUGGAGAGAGCCUUAGGACUUCAAUGGUGCGUGCAAAGUGACUCCUUUAAGUUCAACAUCACAAUCAGUGAACGUGCACUUACCAGAAGGGGCAUCCUAUCCAUGGUAAGCUCAAUUUACGAUCCCUUAGGCUUUCUGUGUCCACUUACUUUGCCAGCUAAAUUGUUGUUGCAGGAACUAUGCCGACAGAACUUUGGAUGGGACGUGACCAUUCCCCACACUCUAUCUGAGCAGUGGACAAAUUGGAACAGUAAGCUGUCACUGCUUGAAGGCUUUGAGGUACCACGCUGUUUCAAGCCACAUAAUUUUGGUGAGUCAGUGCACAGCCAGAUCCACCAUUUCUCUGAUGCCAGUGAGCUAGGCUAUGGAACAGCCAGCUAUCUCAGAAUGACUAACGCAAAAGGAAAGGUCCAUAUAGCAUUCUUGAUGGGCAAAGCGAGAGUAGCUCCAUUAAAAAGGCAGACCAUCCCGAGGCUGGAGCUAGCCGCAGCAGCUUUGUCAGUUAAAGUGGACAGAAUGCUCAAAGCAGAACUACCAUCAACAAGAGAUAAGUCAGUGUUUUGGUCUGACAGUACAGCUGUGUUAAAGUACAUCUCAAAUGACCACACUCGCUUCCACACCUAUGUGGCGAAUAGGACAUCUAGGAUUAGGGAAGCCACACAAGUGUCUCAGUGGAGAUAUAUUAACACAAAGCGAAACCCUGCCGACGACUGCUCUAGAGGUGUGAGUGCAGAGAGCUUCAUGAGGAAUCCAAGAUGGAUCCGUGGACCAGAGUUCCUCUGGUCAUCAGAAGAGGAUUGGCCAAAUGAACCAAUAGACAGGAGUCAGCUUUGUACGGAUGACCCAGAGGUCAGAAAAUCUGUAACAGUUAAUUCCAUCAUGCAGACAUGUGAGGAAAGGCCCACAGACAAGUUACUCAAUUACUUUUCAGAUUGGCUGAAGUUGAGAGUAGCUGUUGCAUGGAUAAUGAAAGUGAAGGAUGCAUUGAGGCACUUGGUGCAGAAAAGAAAGGACUCAAAGGACGACUAUAUGUAUCAAAGGGCAAACAGAAUAAACACAAGGUCUGUCAAGAUUAGCAUGAAAGAAUCAAUAACAGUUGAAGAUCUAAAAGGAGCAGAAAAUGCAAUACUUACCUAUGUGCAGAGACAAAGUUUCCCACAGGAAAUCAGCAUGCUGCAAGAGGGAGCAUCCUGUGUGAGAAAAGGCAGCAGCAUCUACAGACUGGAUCCGAUGCUGGAUGGUGGCAUUCUCAGAGUGGGUGGGCGUCUGAGGAGAUCAGCAAUGCCAGAGGAAAGGAAACACCCUGCCAUUCUGGCCAAAGACCACCACGUGUCCACUCUGAUCCUGCGCUACAUCCAUGCUCAAACUGGACAUGGAGGAAGGAACCAUAUGCUAUCCCAGAAAGAACAGAGGAAAACCUGGUGAACAAAAGAUGGCUGAUCUGCCAGGUGAAAGACUUGUCACAGACUUGCCACCAUUCACGAACGUUGGUCUUGACUACUUCGGCCCUUUUGAGGUGAGAAGGGGCAGGAGCAUGCUGAAAAGGUAUGGCGUCAUCUUUACCUGCAUGACCAGCCGAGCAGUACAUCUGGAGGUGGCCUGUUCUUUAACCACAGACUCGUGCAUCAAUGCCAUCAGACGUUUUUUGUGUCGAAGAGGCCCAGCACAACACAUGAGAUCCGAUCAUGGCACUAACCUUGUAGGUGCAGAGAGAGAGCUGAGAGAAGCACUUCAAGCCAUGGAACACAGAAAGAUCCAACAAACUCUAAGGAAGGAGGGAGUUCAGUGGAGCUUCAAUCCCCCCACUGCCUCUCACCAUGGUGGGUUCUGGGAACGCCUCAUCCGAAUGGUAAGGCAUGUCCUAUGUUCAGUAUUGAAGCAGCAAACUUUAGAUGAUGAAGGCCUAACCACUGUUUUCUGUGAAGUUGAGGCAAUUCUCAACAGCCGGCCUAUAACAAAAGUAUCUGAUGACCCACAAGAUUUAGAAGCCCUAACUCCAAAUCACAUACUUCUGUACAGAACUAACCCACUUCUGCCCCCUGGAGUCUUUUCAAGUUCUGACCUUUACCACAGAAGACGCUGGAGACAGGUCCAGUAUAUAGCCGAGCUAUUCUGGAAGAGAUGGCUGCUAGAAUACCUCCCUCUCCUCCAGGAAAGACAAAAGUGGUCAAGAACCAGAAGAAACUUCGUCCCAGGCGACAUUGUACUAAUAGCAGAUAGCAACGCUCUUCGCAGUUCCUGGCUACUGGGAAGAGUCUUAGAGGCCAAGCCUGAUGCCAGAGGCCAUGUCCGUGUGGUGAAGCUACAAACUAAGACGAGUGUACUGGAGAGGCCAGUGUCCAAAAUCUGCUUACUGCUCGAGGGUGAUGACUAA